CAAAUGGAGCUGCUGCUGGUGAAUAAGCUGAAAUGGAAUCUGGCUGCAAUGACCCCCCACGAUUUCAUUGAACAUUUCCUUACUAAAAUGCCUCUGGCAGAGGACACCAAGCAGAUCAUCCGUAAACAUGCUCAGACUUUUGUGGCUCUGUGCGCUACAGAUAUUAAAUUUAUUUCAAACCCACCUUCCAUGAUCGCAGCUGGCAGUGUGGUAGCAGCUGUGCAAGGCCUGCAUCUGGGGAACACUAACACUUUCCUCUCCUAUCAAUGCCUCACACAUUUCCUAUCACAAGUUAUCAAAUGUGAUCCGGAUUGUUUACGAGCCUGCCAAGAACAGAUCGAAUCCCUCCUUGAAUCCAGUCUACGUCAGGCACAGCAGCACAACAUAUCUUCAGAAACAAAGACUGUAGAGGAUGAAGCAGACCUUUCCUGCACACCUACUGAUGUGCGAGAUGUGAACAUUUAAGAGGACUUCUUCUAAUGGGUUUGCUUGGCGAGAAAAGCAGACAAAGAAAGGGCAUCUGAGAAGGAAUCGGCAUCAGGAUCUCCCCCCCAGAAACCCUUUUCUCCAGGACAUUUUUAUACCAGAAGGGAAAACCAGUCUUGUUAUAUUUUUUUUCUUGCUCUGUCUCCCUUCCAUCUGUGACUUCAAACAAACAAAUAAACAAAAAAUACCCCAAAAACUGUCUUAAAAAAAGAAAAAAAUAGUAUUUGCAUUACCCCCAGGGGUUUGUGCUACAAAAAUAGAGGAUUUUAUACAAUAAUAAUCAACUAGUUUUUAUAUUAAAGUGUUCUUGUCUGUAUGUUGUAAAAAUAGGCAUUAACACACAAAAUGUCUCCAGGGGAGGUAUUAGAUUUGAUUUCUUACAUAUAAAAACAAACCAACCAACCAUUUUUAAAGUAGAAGAGGGUUUUUUUUUUUUGAUAGUAAAUGAAAUAUUCUUUUUUUU